GUAGAGAGAGAAGUGAUUUGAGGAAUCCAUCAUUCACCCAAAUCUUCAUAUCUUCGUCUACACCAAUCAAUAAUCCAUGUUUUCUUUGGCCUCUUCAUCAUCCUCUCAGUCCAAACCCAAAUUGACUUUCGAAUACGAUGUCUUCUUCACUUUCGAUGGUUUGGGAAGUCGUCUGAGAACCUUUCUUGAGAAAUGUUUGAGUGACGCAGGAAUGAAAACUUGCAUUCAUGACAUGGUCAGGGAUUACUCCAGAUGGAGGAUGAUAGAAAGGUGUAGAAUUGUGAUGGUGGUAAUCACACCAGAGUUGGUUGCGUCCGACAUAUGUCUUGACAGAUUGAAGAAAAUAAUAUCGUAUCCCAAAACAGUGCUUCCUUUGUUCUAUGGAGUGAGCCACGACGAAUUUCGUAUGCAGUUCGAGAGUUUCUAUUUGCGAAAAUUUCGCAUUGAAGGAAUUCCCGAUGGAGCGAAUCUCAGUGAAUUGAGUGAAGCUUACGGAUUGAGAUUAUGGGAAUUUGGGGGUUAUCGGAAUCCGCAACGAAGAGCCAACGCUGAGUGUUCUUCGCUAUAUGGCUUCACACUGUCGCAUGAUUUUGGAAUUGAGGCUGAGUUACUUGAUGAUGUUGUUAAAACUAUCACAAUGAGGCUAGACAAUAGGGAAUAUAUUUUCGUUGCUCACCAUCCAGUCGGUUUAGAGUCUCGCAUGCAAGAUAUCAUCCAAUUUCUAAGUGAAUCAAAUGGGAUUACCAUAAUAGGCAUUUGGGGGAUGGGAGGGAUUGGUAAGACGACGAUGGCUAAAACUAUCUAUAAUGAAAUGGGGCAAAGCUUUGUGGGAAAGAGUUUCCUAGCAAAUAUUAGGGAAGUAUGGAAGCAAGACAAUGGUCAAGUUUAUUUGCAAGGACAACUUCUCUCUAGCAUCUUAAGAACAAGAAGGAUCAACCUACUGAAUGUAGGGAUAGGAAAAUCUAUAAUCAAGCAAAGUCUCUGUCAAAAAAGAGUAUUUCUUGUAUUGGAUGAUGUGGAUAAUGAAGACCAACUCAAAGUGUUAUGUGGCAGUCGUCAGUGGUUUGGUCAUGGUAGUAGAAUAAUUAUUACUACAAGAGAUGAACGCCUACUUCAGAUCCUUCAAGUGGAUAAAGUAUUUAAUGUGAGGGGAAUGGAUGAUAAUGAAUCUAUUGAGCUUUUCAGCUGGCAUGCUUUUAAGCAAGCGCUUCCUGAAAGAAAUUUCACUGAACUUUCAAGAAAGGUAGUAGCAUACUGUAGAGGUCUGCCACUAGCUCUUGAAAUCCUUGGCUCAUAUUUGUUUGAUAGGAAAAUACCUUAUUGGGAAAGCACUUUGAGUAAAUUGGAACGAAUUCCAGAUGGUAAAAUAUAUGAAAUUCUAAAAAUAAGUUAUGAUGAUUUGAGUGAACAAAUAGAGAAAGAGCUUUUCUUGGACAUAUGUUGUUUUUUCAUUGGGAAAGACAGAAGCUAUGCUAUUCAGGUAUUAGAUGGUUGUGGACUUUAUGCAGAAACUGGAAUUACCCAUCUAAUUGAGCGAAGCCUAGUAAAGGUUGUAAAAUCUGGAAACAAAAGCAUACUUGAUAUGCAUGGCUUAAUACGUGAUAUGGGAAGAGAAAUCAUUCGUGGGCAAUCACCAGAGGAGCCAGAAAAGCGUACAAUAUUAUGUUUUAACGAUGAGGUGUUGGAUGUGUUAGAAAGCAACACUGGAACAAUAGCUACCAAGGGAUUAUCAUUAAAAAUGCCAAGAAGCAAUUCAGUAUCCUUCGGUACAAAUGCAUUUAAGAAUAUGAAGAGGCUUCGUUUACUCAAUCUUGAUAAUGUACAGCUUAAUGGAGAAUAUGAUUAUCUAUCAAAAGAAUUGAGAUGGCUUUGUUGGCGUGGAUUUCUCUUAGAGAGUUUGCCAACAGACUUUAAUGUAAAGAAGAUAGUCGCCAUUGACUUAAAGUGGAGUAAUCUCACAAAAGUGUGGGAGAAAAGUCAGGUGCUGGAAUCCUUGAAAACUCUCAAUGUGAGUCAUUCUCAUUACCUAACAGAAACACCUGACUUUUCAAAAUUACCACAUCUUGAGAAGUUGAUACUUAAAGACUGUCCACGUUUGUCUAUGAUUCACCCUUCCAUUGGAAAUCUUAGGCAUCUUAUUAUGUUGAAUUUGAAAAAUUGCAUUGGCUUAGAGCAUCUCCCAAGAAGUAUAUAUGACUUGAAAUCUUUGAGAACUCUCAAUCUUUUUGGUUGUUCAAAGAUUGAAAGGUUGGAUGAAGACAUUGAGAAAAUGGAAUCCUUAACGGUUUUGGUGGCAACUCAAACUGCUAUAACACAAGCACCCAUCUCACUGGUGAGAUUAAAGAACAUUAAAUAUGUUUCUUUAUGUGGUUAUGAAGGAUUGUCACGUGAUGUAUUUCCAUCUCUUAUUUUGUCUUGGAUGCCCCCAACAAAUCAUUCAAAGUCCUUGUUUCAAGCAUUUAGGAUCAUGCCAUCGUUAAUCAAGAUUCUUUCACAUCCUUUGUUUACCAAAAGUUGUGAAAUGUUUAAAGCAAAACAACGAUCAUCUCAAGCUUCAUGUAAAAAGACUCCAGCAUUGAUUGGUUUUGGCGAGCAAGUUCACAAGGAAAGAUCAAAAACAUUCAUGAGUUCUAUAACAAUUCAUGUAGGCGAGUUCAACGAAGUUAUAAACACACUUUUAAGGAGCAUUUCACAGGGAUGGAAUGAAAAAGGAUUUGGAGUUAAUUCUCUUCCCGGAGACAAUUAUCCUCAUUGGCAGAAUUUCAAAGGUGAAGGAUGUUCAAUAUGCUUUGAAGUUCCUAAAAUUAUUGGCAGAAGCUUAAAAGGAUUGAUUCUGUGCAUAAUCUAUUUGUCUUCUCAAGACAACAUGACGUCUGUAUAUUAUCCUGUUGGUGUCCUGGUAUCAAAUCAUACAAAGGGUACCAUUAAAUUGUACCAAAAAGAUGCAACAACUGCUUCAAAUGAUGAAGAUAAUUGGCAAGACAUCAUCUCUAAUUUGGAGACUGGUAACAGAGUGGAGGUUAUAGUCACUUUUGCUUGUGAAUUGAAAGUAAAACACACAGUUGUCUAUUUGGUAUAUGAUGAAGACGCUAUUAAGAGAAUCAUGUACUGAAUGUCUCUUUGUAUGAAAAAUAUUGUAUAGGUAUUCUUGGAUGUGAAAACCAGCUCUACCAAGUGCAUAUUCAAAUAUAUAAAACGUAAACAGAGGUGUUUUUAGUUGU